GUUGCGCGCAUUCCCUGUAAGAAGGUGUUCCAUGCUAGGGCGUUAGAAAUCGCGAUAUUUUGCAGGGAAUGGACGUGGCGUAGGCGUCGAUCGAGGUCGCGGUCGUGGUAAUGGCAGGAUUGGCUGCCCCGGCCCUCUUGCUCCCGGCGCAACCAGCGUAUAACAGGUACGCUAUCGGGAGUAGCGAGCUAGCGCGAUUAAAGACCGGGUCCAGGAGCUCGCUCAAGCUAAAAGGAAGGAUUGCCGCUACUCCAAACCUCUCGAGUCGACUCACUGCCGUUGCUCCAAACGUUUCUUCCCGAUUGAUCACCCCAGCUUUGCAUUCUUCGCGACUAGAACGACUCCGAGGUGGAUCAAAAUGCCGGUUGUCUCGUGGAGUCUCUCUGAAAGACGAGGUGACGAGCAGCAACAGCCCGCAAGAAUUCGACUCGCAAGAGAAGCCUGCUGGAGAAGAAGUAGCAGCAGCUUCUCAAGAACCCGAUCACAUCGACUUGGAGUUUUUGGAGGACGCAGAUAUCAGCGGCAAAACUGGAUUCGUUUCGUUCUAUAGCGGAGCUGCUGGAGAAGAUCGUUUGCUUACAGGAGUGAAGCGACGAUCGCUUCUCUGGCUGCUUGGACCUUUUGUGCUGGUUGCUUCGGUCGUGCUACCGCCAUACGUUUUUCGGACCGUCUUUGAAUAUCUUCUCGACGAUACAGUAGUAACAGAUUUUAUCAUUUUGUUCUUCACGGAAGCCUACUUUUACAUCGGAGUAUCAGCAUUCCUUUUCGUUGCUCAUAAGUUUCGAGGACCUGUUCGUGUUCGCGGUUCCAAAGGCGAUGCUUUAGCUGCUGCUUCCUACACUUGGGGAUACAAUGUGUCGGCCACGGUAUGCACUGCCCUCUCCACGGUCUUGGCUGUUUCGAGUUUCUUCGUGGCCUGGAAGUAUACGGGCCCCGCGGCCAUCGCUGCUCUAGUUCCAUAUGUGUCGGGGCUGGUGGUGCAAUUUUGCGGAGAGAAGUUUGCCGAGGACAAGCCAUCGAUUCGACCUCUAGUACCGAUGAUUUUCCAGGUUUAUCGUCUUCACCAGCUAAACAGAGCAGCACAGCUUGUCGCGGGGCUUAUAUUUUCCAUGAAAACUCUGGAGGCAUCAGUGCAGACCACGGCAAUUACGAGCUCGCUACAGAUGCUCCUGUCAUCGUUGCAACUUCUGGGCAUUUUCUCCUUGUGGUCGCUGGCAGCCUUUCUCACGCAGACGAGCUUGGCUUGGCAUCAUGGCAAAGGCGUCUCUUUGGUCCCGUUUUGAAAAGGGACACUUUACACAGGGGAUAGCGGGGUGAUUGGGGGGGAGAACAACAGACUAAAGUCGUUUUUUCUUCUGUAUAUCAUCAGCAAACAGAGUUUUCAAUGAUCCGACUUAAAACGACCGGGUUUGGUUCCAAAGUUUUUGGCAGCUUCGCUUCAUUCAAUUCUGCUUUGUUUUCUCUGUUUCCUUCUUUCGUCCUUGCGGGGGACUUGGUUUUUUCAAGGUGGAAGAAAGGAAGCAAGCAAGCAACAAGGCGAUUGACAUCGACUGGUGCAGUUACGGGGUUGCAAUCUGUCGAUCCACGGGGAUUGUCCUUGGUUUGGUGCAAUAUAUUCUGGAUUUGGUAGAGGCAACUAUCGGAUGACCCUUUGAGCAUCCAUCUCAGAGAUGGUGGAGGAGAACGACUGAUUCUCUCAUGCAAGCGCUUAUAAAGUUUCCUGCUGCAAGGAACAAGGAAUAACCGAGAGGGAAUGUUAUAUGCGCGGUCCCUCUACCUACCUAAUUCCUUCGAUGCCUCGCAGUGAAAUUACGAGACAAAGAAAGAACAAUCAAGCACGUCCGUGGUGGUGGUGGCCAAACACUCAAACGUUGACAUGCUAUUGUGAAUGGAGAAUCUAGACCCUGGAAAUAGAAGACGAAGAACAAGUAAGUAUAGAGGUAUGUGCCGAGUACACACACCCCUCCAGUCAUUUAAUAUGUUUCUUGCUUUGUUUGUUUCGGGUGGACUCUGUGGAGUAUGACCAUCGUUUUCCUGAUGCGCAGCAGCAAAUGCAGCAGACAUAGAAUGUCAAGCAUGGCAUAUUUAAGGUUCUAACGGGCAGCCGGGGCCGGCUAUGGAUAUCUGGUUCGUAACGCACCCCUGUUUGUUUUCUAAGACAUGACUCUCGAGUCGAGUCGAGCCGGGAGGAAAAAACUAGUGUCGUUCUGUAUCGCUUCUGUGCAUCAGGGGAGAAGUAUAGAAGCAGGGCCAGAAUUUUGCAGCUGCUACUGCAGCACGUCUAGGCAAUCAACGAGGAGAGAUUUUAAUGACACCAACCUAGACGCACGUCCAGGAAGUUUCUUUUACCACUUUUUUUUUCUCUUUUCUCUUUCGCUUUAUAUUAAUUCCUCCUUUUGGUUUUUAAAGAUAAAAGGCUGAAGCGAUCGGAUUCGAAUGGAUGUGAAGUGGAAGCAUCGCCUGCUUCUGGGACAGAGACGUGCACUGGGGAGCAAAGAGGGGAAAAGUUUGGUGAAGGAGUCGAGGGUGACACUCGAUCGAGGCUGCUUUGGAGCGACAUUAAUGUCUCGAACCGAACAUCUAUGUUGUUCCAAGAGUUCUCUGUGGACAUUGACCAGGAAACAAACGUGAGGCUCUGCAACAGUGUGAAGGAUAUUGACUAGCUAUCAUCCAAAACGAAAGAAGCGUCCGAGAGAGCAUUAAAGCCCCCUCUCGUUCGGCUAGGAAGCUUGAGCUUCUUAACUUUGGAUUUAGAGAGAUUAGAUUGAUGGAUGGUGAUCUCUCGAGUGCCUUGCUUGACUCUCCCUGACGACCCACACUCUUGUGUUGGAGUCGGAUAGAUGGAUCGAUCAAUCCCUGCAGUGUUGCAUGGAUCGAUCAAUCAUCUCCGUGACAUUCUCGGGAAUGAAGAGAGUUCACGGCAGGAUUCUUCUUCUUUUUCUCUUUCUUUUCUCGCAUGGAUGAAAAGUCCACAAGCCAAGUACAGCUAGCCAGCAGAAAUACUUUGUUUGUUUGCUCUUGAGGACCAUGUCCGGAGCUGCAGCAUGCAAAUGAUGGCAUGAUAGACAAUCGUCUCCCUCUUUUUCUUC